AUGGCGUCUAGUCAGCCAGAGAGAGAGACUGCAGGACUCAGCCGUGUGCCCGUCUUCUUCGGUGAAGAGAUAUUCACCAGUCAAUACACCAUCCUGAGAAAGUUAGGCCAGGGUUCCAACGCCAAGGUGAUGCUGGCCCAGCACCGUCUCACGGGCGUCCCAGUAGCUGUGAAAGUGCUCGUGAGGGAGAUGCCCUGGCGCCAGUCGGCUGUUUCAGAAGUGGACAUUCUGAUGACCAUCAGCCACCCGAACAUUGUCUCUCUCCUCCAAGUCAUCGAAACAGAAAAGAAUAUCUACCUCAUCAUGGAGGUGGCUGAGGGACAACAGCUGUUCCACCACGUCUGUGAGGUCGGACACUUGCAGGAGAAGGAGGCCCGAGGACUAUUUCACCAAAUCAUAGGUGCUGUGGGCUACUGCCAUGACCACGGCAUAGUCCACAGAGACCUGAAGCCUGAUAAUAUCAUUGUAGACCGCUCUGGAAAAGUGAAGAUCAUUGACUUUGGCCUGGGGGUCAAGGUCAGGCCUGGAAAACUGCUUAAGAGGCCUGGAGGAGCAUUCCAGUUUGGUGCCCCUGAAUUCUUCCUAGGGGUGCCAUAUGAUGGCCCCAAAGCAGACAUCUGGACCCUGGGGGUCCUCUUGUUCUUCAUGGUAACUGGGACAUUUCCAUUUUCGGCACCCACCUUAUCAGAGCUUUGGAAGCAGGUGGUUCAAGGGAGGUAUGAGGUCCCAAACCAGCUUUCUGAAGAGCUACAGGGCCUAAUCAGGUACUUACUAACUGUCAACCCCAGCCAGAGGCCAACGGUUAAAGAGAUCGAAAGGCACUCAUGGCUAAGGCAUGAGAGCCCAUCAGCUCACAACGAAGAGACAAUCCCAAGCCUCCCAGACCCUGCAAUCAUGGCCGCCAUGGCCAACAUUGGCUUUGACAUCCGAGAUAUAAGAGAUGCCUUACUGCACAGGAGAUUUGAUGAGACAAUGGCAUCAUCCUAUCUCUUUCCCUUUGCCUCUGAGGAGGAGGGCCAGCGAACCUGCCCUUCAGACAAUCUUACCUUCAGCAAAACACCAGAGGCUAGAGAUUGUCCAACAGCCCAGACCAAGGGGCGACAGAAGUGCCACUGA